AGAUUUCUCAUGCCUGGGUUUGUGGAUUGCCACGCCCACGCUGCCCAGUAUUCUUUUGUGGGGACGGGGAGUGACCAGCCCCUCAUGUCGUGGCUAAAAAGAUACACUUUCCCUACGGAGUCUCGUUUUAGUCGAGACCAGGGGUUUGCCAAUCAGGUCUACAGUCGUUGUGUGGCUCGAACCCUGAAGAAUGGCACCACCACCAUCUGCUACUACGCCACCAUAGACCGCGAGUCUACCAUGUUGCUGGUUGAUGCUGUCGCCCGUACAGGCCAAAGAGCCUAUAUCGGGAAGGUGAACAUGGAUCAGAAUGGCGGGGCGGGUUAUGUUGAAGAGCGUCAAGCAUCAAUAAACGACACUGAGAAAUUUAUUCAAGAUGUGUUAGCACUUGAGAACCCUUUGAUAACACCGUGUGUUACACCGAGGUUUGCCGUGUCGUGUUCCAUGGAGCUGAUGACGUCACUAGCACACCUGGCCAGGCAAUACAACCUACCUAUACAGACUCACGUGAGCGAGAACCUGGAUGAAGUAAGAUUCGUUAAGAAACUUUUCCCCCACUGCCAGUCCUACACCCAGGUGUACCAGGCCGCAGGACUUCUAGGACGCAAGACUCUGUUGGCACAUGGAAUUCAUCUGACUGACGCUGAACUGGAUCUCAUCAAGCAGACAGGUUCUGGGAUCUGCCACUGUCCCAACUCUAACACCAGUUUAAGUAGUGGUCAGCUCAACAUAAGAAGAGUAACAGAAAGAGGCAUCAAGAUUGGACUCUCCACAGAUUUUGCCGGUGGUCACAGUACCUCCAUGUUAGACGCCAUAAGACGGGGGACGGGCGCCGCCAACCUGACUGGUCCUGCCCACGACCCAGGGGGAGAGGCAAAUGACGUCACGUACAAGGAUUUGUUCCGCAUGGCUACACUAGGCAGCAGUGAAGUUAUGGGCCUUGAUGACAAGCUAGGGAACUUUGAAGUCGGGAAAGAAUUUGAUGCUCUAGUUAUCGACCCUGAAGUUCAUAAUUCCCCAUUCGACAUUUUUAACACCGACUCCCUAGAAGACAUUAUACAGAAAUUUAUUUUUAUAGGUGACGAUCGAAAUAUUGUCAGUGUGUACGUGGCAGGGGUCAAGGUCAUCUAGAUCACAUGGCAGGGGUCAAGGUCAUCUAGAUCACAACAAGUAAAUCUGUUCCCGGAAUUUUUCGAAAACAAGAUCGUAUGCUGGUCAACACAACACAUUAUUUAAAGAUUUUAUAAAGCACUCACUAGUUUUUAAAAAAUGAUAAAAAUAACCAGUUUAUAAUUCGUUUACU